AUGUGUUUUGAACGGACAAGGCGGCAACCGCAACCCUUUGUCCUUUUUUUCGUCUUCGUGAACCUAAAAAAUGCUGCGUUUGUUUUCGCUUGCGUGCUGCGGUUUGACGGGCACGCAUGGAAUGGAACGGUUCCUCCUGUUGGCGAGCAGCAAAUCGGGCAGGAGAUCGGCCGCGGGGGGUUCGGGGUCGUGUUUCAGGCCCUCAACACGGCUACGGGUGACUUCGUGGCGGUGAAAAGGAUGGAGAUGGACAGCGUCAAGCUUGACGCGGGUGCUUCGAUAAAGGGCGAGAUCGACCUCCUCAAAAAGCUGAACCACCCGAACAUCGUGCAGUACAUCGACACCAUCCAGACGUCGGAGCACCUGCACAUUGUGCUGGAAAUCAUGGAGAGUUCCUUGUCCGCCAUGUGCAAGAAGUUCGGAAACUUCUCCGAGUCGCUCACGGCGAUCUACAUGACCCAGGUGCUGGAGGGGCUUAAGUACCUGCACGACCAAGGGGUGCUGCACCGAGACAUCAAGGGCGCUAACAUCCUCACGACCAAACGUGGACUGGUGAAGCUGGCCGACUUCGGCGUCGCCAUGAAGCUCUCGGACAAGCAGGCGUUUGACGUGGACGUGGUGGGCACGCCUUACUGGAUGGCACCGGAGAUUAUCGAGAUGACGGGCACGACGACCGCAUGCGACGUGUGGUCUGUAGGGUGCACCAUCAUCGAGCUCCUGGAAGGGAAACCCCCCUACUUUGACCUCCCCCAGAUGACGGCCCUAUACAAGAUCGUCCAGGACGACCACCCCCCCCUGCCGGACGGCACGUCACAGGCCCUGCGGGAUUUCUUGCUGCAGUGCUUCAAGAAGCAGGCCCAGAUGCGAAAAUCGUCGGUGGAGCUGCUCAGACAUCCCUGGCUCAAGAACCCCACGAACCACCUUCGGAAGGGGGGGGCGGCGGCGGGGCAGCAGGGGCAGGGGGCGGGCGGCGCUCCUGCCCCUGCCCCCGCACCCAAGGCGAAGCCGAAGGCGUCGCCGUUGAGCAGCGGCGCGGGGGGGGCGCGGAGGGGCAACAUUCCUCCUCCUGCGGCGGCGGCGCUGGCUGCCGCCAACCGAAGGGGUGCCGCGGAGGACGGUCAAGGGUGGGACCAGGACUGGGAUCGGGAGCUCGGUUUCGUGGCGCCUUCCCUUGCGGUCGGAUCUUUGCCGGCCACCGGAAGUGGCGGGCAGCAGCAGCCGGCGGCGGCGGCGGCGGCGGAGACGGGCAUGGCACCGGCGUCGGAGGAGGCCAAGCAUAGGCUGAGGGCCCUGAAAGAGGCGGAAGAGCAAGCGCGAAACCAGCCCCUGGCGCUGAAGAAGAUGAGCCUGGACGCGAACGCGCUCGACGACUGGGCGGACGACGACGAUGACGAUGACGACGGUUUCGGCGACGGCGACGCCUUCGAUGCCUUCGACUUGGCCAUUGCCUCGGGCAACGGCAAGGCGGGGGCGGGAUGUGGUGGGUUGGCCGGAGCAGGAGCGGGGCUCGUGCGGGGUGGGGCUGCGGCGGGGGCGGGCGGGGACGGUGGGGGGGUGAUCGGCAUGGAAGCCACCGUCCUGCGGCGCUUCAUGGAGGACGAGGAGGAGGAGGAGGACGCGUUUGGUGACAUAGAUAUCGACGUGCCUGGGGACGGCCCUCUGCUACCUACGGCGAUGGGUGAGGGCGAGCGUUCGAGACCCGCUUCGUUUGCAGACAACCUCAAGGCCAAGAUGCUGAGUCACCAGGGCGGCUCGGCGGCUCCCGCAAGCGGCGUCAGCCAGGCGGCGACGGACGAGGCCUCUGGCUCCGCCGCCGGCGCUUUCGACGACUUCGAUGACCUUUUCGGUACGGGGUUCGAGGACCUCUCGGACGGGGAGGAGGGGAGCAACGGCAAGGAGGCCGAGCGAGAGAUGCACGCCAAGGUGGGACAAGAAGUCUUCGCUGAGCUUUCCAGGCUGGAGACGAGAGGCUCCGUGGCCGGCAACAACAGCGGCAACCUGCGGUCUGGCGACGGGCAGCAGAAGGGUCGGGGUGGCGGCGGAACCGCCGCCGUGAGUGGUAACGCCACCGGCGGGGUUUCCACCGGGCGUUUGCUGGGCACGGUGACGGAGGUAGAGGAAAUAGAUGAAGAGGAGGAGGUAACGAUGGAGGAGGAGGUGGUGCGGACGUGCGUUUCGGUGUGCGAGAGGCUGGAGGGGUGCCCGCAGGCGCGGCACUACGUCAUGUCGGCCGACCGGGGGGUGACCCCGCUGAUGUAUCUGAUGCAGGCGAUGAAGCCCGAGGACCGGCAGGGGGAGGAAGCCAUGGCCAACGUCCUGGCGGUCAUCAACAAGAUCGUCGAGGACAACCUGAAAGCCCUAGAGAGCCUCGCGGUCGUGGGGCUGGUGCCGAAGGUCAUGACGAUCCUCGAAACCAGGGGGGCAUGGGACGAGGAGGGAGCAGAGGGGAAAACGGCUGCGGAAGCACCAGCAGGGAGCGGGUUGUGUUUACCGCAGGGGGGCGAAGAGGACAGCUCGAAGAAGACGGACAAUGGCCAGAAACCACCACCAAGACGACGCGGAAGCGGCUACAGCAGCAUCGGUAGCGGCAACCGACCGAAGGACACGUUCUCGCGAUUCCUGGGGCACUCGAUGAUCGCAACGUCCUCCUCCCCCUCCUCCUCUGAGCGGAUCUCCGCCGGUCUGCAACAGACUAGCGGUGGGUGUUUGCUGGAGAGGGAGGUGAGCAGCAUGGCGAUUGUGGUGGGCACGACCGGGGCGGCGGCGGCGGCCGCGGCAGGGGGGGGGGGCGGAGGGGGCGAUAUGUUUUGGCCAUACGUGACCAGGGCAGCGGAGAUCCUGACGACCUUCAGCAAGAGCGACGGCGUCGUGAAGGAAGGGGUGGCGGAAGAGCAUUGCUUGCAAGGGGUCAUGCGGGCGCUGUCGAGCAUCUGCCCGGCCUACCUUGGGUUGCCAAGGUUCUGCAGCCUGGCUGUGACUCUCCUCACUGUCCUCAAGAACCUCAGCAUGGAGCCGUCCACGCUCGAGGCCCUCGACAAAGCGGGCGCCAUCACAACCCUCGUCUCCCUCCUGGCGGCAGGCGUUAUGGGGGCAGCGGGGAGCGGCGGCGGGGUUGACGAGGAUCUUGAGAACCAGGUCCUCCAGUGUAUGUUUUACCUGUGCAGGAUCAGCCGGAAGCGGCAGGAGAAGGCCGCCCGCGCGGGGCUCAUUCCUCACCUUCGAAGGUGCGUGCUGGAGCAGUCGCGGCUGAAGCAGUUCGCUCUCCAGAUGGUGUGCGACUUCGCCCACACGUCGGGAGUGGUCCGGAGCUUGAUGUGGGACGAGGGGGUGCUGGACUUCUACCUGUCGGUCAUGCGCAGCCCCAAGGACACCCAUUGGCACGUUACCAUCUUCCGCAGCCUUUGCGCCUGGCUGUCGAGCGAAGGGGAGACGGAGCGCGUGGCGGGCAGGCUGGUGGAGCCCCUAAACCUCGAUAAGGUUAUCUGCCUGUUCUGCACCGCGCAGCAGGUGGACUUCGAGGAGGUGGUCGACAAGCUGCACCUCAUGAUGGUCAAGAGCCAGACGCUCGUCAAGGCGCUCGGCUCGUCCGCGACGUUCAUCGUGGAGGUCAUGGAGCGUCUCCACUACCCCAAGGCCGUCGUCGGGAAGACCCUGCUGGGCAUGCUCCGCAUGAUCCAUCACCAGCACCCGGACCCGGCCGCCCUGGUGCGCGACUUCGACCUCUACCGCAUCGUGCUAACCCUGGCCAGGAACGAGUCUCAGGUUCUUGUGGCCGAGCUCGCCGGACAGCUCCUGCAAGACUUCGACCGCGGGGGGGGAGGAGGUGCCGCUGUUGAUACCGGUGGCUGCGGUGGUGGUGGUGGUGGUGGUGGCCAGAAAGGUAGCGUUGGGGAGGCGGUGGCAGCGGCGAUGUCGGAGCCGAAGCCGGUGUCGCCGUCCGCGCCGCCGCCCCCGCCCCCGCCGCAUGCCGUGCCGCGGCCACCGCCGCCGCCGCCGCCGCCGGAAUUUGCCUCCGCCGCCGCCGCUGCGUGCUCGGAGGAGGGGGGGAUCGAGGAGAAGAAGGGCGGCGGGUCGGGGGAGGGAGGAGGCAGGGCCAAGCCGAGGGAAGAGGCGGCGGAAAAAAAAAGGCCGCCGGGAGGGGGGGGGGGGAGGCCAGGCCCAAGCGAGGGAAAGGGGGGGGGGAGGGAGGGGGGAAAGGGGGAAAAAAAGGUUAUGGGGGGGGCGGGGGGGGGGGGGGGGGGCACAGGGUCUGCGUGCCGAUCGGUCUGGUGGCUGCCGUCGUGUCCUUUCGAGUCAGCCGGGAAGGCUGUUGUUGGUUGACCAAAUGCCCCCCUCUCUGACUGCGCGCCCCCUCUCUGACUGCGCGCUCGCGAGGAGUAGAGAGGCGAAAGACGUCGGCGUUACAUCCUCGCUGUUCAUUCUCCGGCAGGGGUCUGUUGGGGGUUUUUUGGUUGUGUUGGGUCUUUGGUUGUGACAGACUGCUGUUGUGAUUUGUGUCCGUCUCGCCUUGCUGUGACUGAUGAUGUGUUGUAUCCGAUUUUCCACGUUUUUUUUAUGCGGGGGGUCGUGUGGAGUUGCCGGAUGGUUGGGCCGCAAGACAUGGCCGCCGUAUCAUACUGCUGUGCGUUUGUU